AUGGCUACAUUCUCCUCGCAAGAGCCCGACGAGGGCUACUCCGAGGACCCUCUCAACCCGAGCUUCAAUGGCGCCCAGGAUACCUCCAUGACUGCUGCCCACGCGGGCGCCAUGGUCCCUCCUCCUGACUUGGUGGCCGCCUGGAUUGAGAAGCAGGGCUGGACGAAAGACGAGAAAUACAGACUCGUAAACGGUCUUCUCGAUUCACUCCCGACCUCUCUCGUCAUCCAAGUCUUCAAGCACAUCAACCCCCGCCUAUACAUCGACUUCGUCAGCUACCUGCCCCCGGAAGUCUGCCUUAAGAUCCUUGGCUUCCUCGACCCCCUAUCCCUCAUCAACGUCGCCCAGUCCUGCCAUGCCUGGCACGAUCUGGCCCUCGACAGGAAGCUCUGGGAGAGGCUAUACCAUAUGGAGGGCUGGCAAGCCAUCUAUCCCGAGAUCAAGAAAUGGGAGGAACAGAAGAACCAGUGCACCGAGCGUCUAAACUCCAACACCAUCCACAGGGUUAGAUCCUCCGAGGAUGGCCACACCUACAAGAAACGCGCUAUAUCCGAGGAUGACGACCUGGAGAUGACGGACGCCGAUCGUCCCCUCAAGACCGAGGACUCCUUCGCUUCCAACAACAGCAUCUUUGGCAGCCCGGCAUCCUCCUUCACCGGUUUUGGCCGAAGCUCCGCUACCCCCCAGCCGGGCGAUAUGGACGUCGAUCGUUCGGCGUCGGGUUCCAAGAGCUGGAGCGCAGACAGGUUCGAUUUCAAGGGCAAAGGUAAGGCGUCACCCUUGCUUAGGACGGCCCUGGGCAAAGAGGAACCCCUUCCGUCCAACGCCCCGCCCAAUCGUUCGAGCAAGAUCAAUAUCCCACAGUCGGAGCUCUGGUCGUGGGACGGCUCCAGUUCGGGAUACAGGCUGAACUGGAAGUAUCUUUACACCAUGCGUCGACGACUCGAGAGAAACUGGGAGCUCGGAAAAUUCACCAACUUUCAGUUCCCUCACCCCGACUACCCCCAAGAAGGUCACAACGAGUGCAUCUACAGCUUGCAGUACGACACAGAGUACCUCGUGAGCGGCAGCCGAGACUGGACCAUCCGCAUUUGGAGCAUGUACAAUCAACGCUUGCUCAGAAAGCCACUCGUCGGACAUAACGGAUCCGUCCUGUGCUUGCAAUUCGAUUCAAGCCCGGAGGAGGACCUGAUUGUGUCCGGCAGCAGUGAUUCAGACGUUAUCCUCUGGCGUUUCUCGACGGGAGAGAUCAUUCAGCGACUCUCGAAUGCGCACACGGAAUCCGUGCUCAACGUCAAGUUCGACAAGCGCAUCUUGGUGACCUGCUCCAAGGACAAGUCCAUCAAGAUUUUCAACCGCAGACCACUCAAGUACGGCGACGCCGGAUAUGGCGACGCCGAGAUCAUCUACUCCGUUCCGACCCACCUUCGCGAUUACGGUUACAUCAACCCAAUGGAUCAGUUGCCGAUCAAGCCCGCGUACACCAUGAUUGGAGUCUUGGAUGGGCAUGGUGCUGCCGUAAACGCUGUGCAGAUUUGCAACGACGAGGUCGUCUCCGCCAGCGGCGACCGCAACAUCAAAGUCUGGGACUGGGCCAAGCAGAUCUGCAUCCGGACUGUCGUUGGCCAUAGCAAGGGCAUAGCUUGCGUGCAGUACGAUGGUCGGAGAAUUGUCAGCGGCAGCAGUGACAACGAGGUCAAGGUAUUUGAUAGAGCCAGUGGCCUUGAGGUGGCCAGCCUGCGAGCCCACACAAAUCUUGUGCGGACGAUCCAGGCCGGCUUCGGAGAUCUCCCGUAUAGUGAGGAGGAGGACAAGAUUCAGGCCAAGAGGGUCGACAACGAAUAUUUCAAGGCGAUAGAGGAGGGGAAAAUCAGCCCCUUCACCGAACAGGGCAGCCGUCGCAGCCGGCCUAGAAACGCCGGCAGCAGCAAACCGGAGGAUAUCACGGCGUACGGCGCUAGUCUUCCUCCCGGCGGCGGUGGCGGCAAAUAUGCGCGCAUCGUAUCCGGUUCUUAUGAUCAGUCCAUCAUCAUCUGGCGUCGCGAUAAGGAGGGCGUUUGGAAGGACGCGCACCAUCUCCGCCAGGAAGAGGCAUCGUCCGCCGCGCAGAGUCAGGCGCAGGCCGCAGCUCGAGCCGCUGCGACCCAUACAGGCCCAGCCCAAGCAGGCGCAGCCUCAAACACAGCAGUCCGGACGGAAGCAAAUGCAGCCGCCGAUGCUACGCGGUUGACGCCGGACGCCGCGACCGCCCCAGACGCUGUGCAAAACAUCACUACGUUGAUCGACAUCACCGUGCCUCAAGGGCCUACAGCUCUUCGAGCCAUGCUGAGAGACUACCCUGCCGCGCUCUCACACGUCACACACAUCCAAAAUGUUAUCGCUCGAGAACCGAACCCGAGGACGAGGAACGAGCUGCGGGUUAUUUUGAACAGCUCCCAGAUAGAGACAUCCAUUUCCCAAGCUCGUGCUCGUCAGGCGGCCAACGGGGAGACGCCGGGCACCCUUGUCCCGCCUACUCUGCCUUCCCUUACCGCGCUUGCCGCAGCCAACGGACAAGAUCCGACCCUUCCCCAUCACCGUUCGACGACGACGGACGAGGCGCCGCCCUCCGGCGGAAGGCCAAGACGGCAGCACGCCCCGCAUACUACGGCCGCCAACCUCGAACAAAUGCGUACCGGCACUCCCACACCCAUUCCUCAACGGUCGGUCGGUCCCUCUGCGUCGCAGACAGCUUCGCCUUCUGUCCAGGGACACUUGCAUAUCCAGGGCCAAGCGCCCGAGCAGCAAGCCCAGACCGAGGCAGCGGCUCCGGCGCAAGCUCCGGCCCAGGCCCAGCCGACGCAACCCGGCGCUCCCGUCCAGACGCAGGCGCAACCUGUACCGGGACAGGGAGCUCAACAAGUGCCAGAAGCCGGCCACCACCCGCGUGUAGCAAACGACAACGGGCCGGCGAGGGUAUUCAAGCUGCAGUACGACGCCCGCAGGAUCAUCUGUUGUAGCCAGACUAGUGUGAUUGUCGGAUGGGAUUUCUGCAACGGCGACAAGGAGCUGGAGAGCGUCGCGCGUUUCUUCGCGACGGUAGAUUAG